GCUAAGCUUUACAUGACAGUGAUGGCUGGUGAUUUUGAGACGGAAAAUUCGCGAUCGGAAGAGAGUUCCCAAACUGAGAUUAAAUCAGAUGAGCCGGGAACACCCCCAGAAGGGAUAAAUAGGAUAGGAAGUACAAACUCAGACGGUGGUAGUGAUACGCCUUCCUCUUCUUCUGAUCAAGCUGAUAAGAUUGAAAAUGAGGAGAAAACGGAAGACAAGUCUGAAGACAAGAAAGAUUUAGAUAGUCCAUUUCUCAUCAAUGAAAAGUUUUACGUUGUCAAGGUGAUAGCACCGGGAUGUGAUCCUUUUGAGUUGCAGGUUGGUGCUCAGGAGAUGGUGCAUGAACUUCACCAGCUCUUGAUGGACAAAGAAGAGACAUGCCAUAGAACAUGUUUUACUCUACAAAUGGACGGCAAUGUUCUCGAUAAUUUCACUGAAUUGCGCAGCAUCGAAGGAUUGACUGAUGGAUCCGUUAUCAAAGUUGUCGAAGAACCCUACUCAGUGCGCGAAGCUCGUAUUCAUGUUCGUCAUGUCAGAGAUUUGUUGAAGUCGAUAGAUCCUACUGACGCUUACAAUGGUACAGAUUUACAAGCGCUGAGUUUCCUGAAUGCCGUCAUUGUCAGAGACAGCCCAGGCCGCAACAAGAAGUCUGACUCGGUUGACUGUACACCGCCUGAUUUUAUCAUGCCAGAAAGUGCUGAACGUCCAUUGAUGCCCCUUAACCCAUUGAUAAAAGAAGCCAAAGCACCCCUAUGUUUACAAGUAUUCACAGCUAGUGGAUGGAACCCACCCCCGGGUAACAGGAAACUGCAUGGUGAUUUAAUGUACCUACAUACAAUUACCUUAGAGAACAAUUCUUACCACAUUACGGCUUCUACCAAAGGAUUUUAUAUUAACAGAUCAACCUUAGAAGUAUUUGAUCCCAAACCAUCAGAGCCUAAGCACCUGUCUCAUUCAUUGGUGGAACUAUUGCAGAAAAUCAGUCCAUUAUUCAAGAAAAACUUUACACAGAUGAUAAAAAAGAGAAGUCAACGCCAUCCAUUGGAGAGAGUCUUGGUACCUUUCCAGAUCUACAGCUGGACUGCACCGGUUACAGAACACACUAUUGAUUCAAUACGAGCAGAGGAUUCUCACAAUUCUAGACUUGGAUAUGAAGAACAUAUACCAGGACAGACCAGAGAUUGGAAUGAAGAAAUUCAAACCACUCAUGAUCUACCCAGAAAGACUCUCCCUGAUAGAAUUAUCCGUGAAAGAGCAAUAUUUAAAGUUCAGAGUGACUUUGUACAAGCAGCCUUACGUGGUGCUACUGCUGUUAUUGACGGCAAUAUCAUGGCUAUAAACCCUGGGGAAGAAUCUAAAAUGCAGAUGUAUAUAUGGAAUAAUAUUUUUUUUAGUUUGGGAUUUGACGUGCGUGAUCACUACAAGGACUACGGCGGUGACUAUAGUUGUGAUCUGCAAGGUGUCAAAGCAUACAAUAACAUUGAUGUGGAGGGAUUGUAUACCCUAGGAACGGUUGUCAUUGAUUACCGUGGUUACAGAGUCACAGCACAAUCCAUCAUUCCGGGAAUAUUGGAACGUGAACAAGAAGAAUCAGUAAUUUAUGGUUCGAUUGACUUCGGAAAAACAGUCGCUACAAAUGAAAAGUUUGUUGAGUUGUUAAGUAAAUCAGCACAACAACUGAAAAUCCUUCCACACAAGGUGUUAAAUGAGAAAAACGAAUUAGUGGAACUAUAUUCAUCCAUAGAGUGCAAAGGAAUCAAAGGAAAUGAUGGACGUUACUAUAUCCUAGAUCUACUCAGGACAUUCCCUCCUGAUAUACACUACCUUCCAAUGGAAGGUGAAGAAGUAAGUGAAGAAGCCUCAAGCAUGGGCUAUCCCAAGAAACACAGACAUAAGCUGUGUACCCUGAGACAAGAACUUAUUGAAGCUUUUGUUGAACACAAGUACAUGGUAUUUGUGAGGCAUGCAGCAUUUCUAUUGAUGCAGAAACAACAAAAAUCAAAAGCAUCUAAAGAAGAAACUACCAAACCAAAGCAGGAGCAACUUCAAAUUCAAGAUAUUCCCAUUGAUGAGGAUGAUGAGAACAUUGCCAUGGAGAUUGAAUCUGAUAAAGUAAUAAAAACUGAUGCCACCGAUUCUGAAUCUGUUGUCAUGGAAACUGAUUCCAAUGCAAAUAAAACUAAGACAUCUGAUUCAAAAGAGAAAAACAAUGAUAAUGAAAAGUCUCCUUGCGAGAUAGAACCAAAAUCAACUGAUGAAGAGAAACUUGCGAGUUGUGAUGAAACCAUAGUAAAAAAAGUGGAAAAGAAGAUGGUGAAUGGAGAUGAGGUUCUUGUGAAUGGAGUUGAAAAGGAAUCUAAUGGAGAAGAAACUCUUGUGAACGGGGUGAAAACAGAUUCCAGUGAUCCAAAGGAAAUUUUAGGAGAUGUAGCUCUUGUGAAUGGGGUGGCAAAAGAAUCUGAGGGAAUUAAUCAGGAAGUGGAAAUUGCCGCGAAAGAAUUGGCAGAAAGUAUAGACACAUAUGACCAAAAUCAAAAAGAGAUAGUGCUGACAGCGUCCAGAGCAGCUGGCUCUCUUAGUGAUACAGAAUUUGAUGUUCGGUUUAACCCCGAUGUUUUCUCACCCGGUGUUAAACACACAGACCCAGAGGGUGAAUAUUUAGUCCGACAGAAGCAAGUGGUACGAGAUGCUGCCCAUUUUUUGAUUACAUACCAGAUUCCAACCAUGAUCAAGGAUUGUUUAGAACACAACAUUGCUCCUAUAGAUGGAACUUCACUAUCAGAAAUUAUGCAUCAAAGGGGUAUCAAUAUACGUUAUAUCAGUAAAGUUGCUGAUCUUUCAGCUAAGCUACCAACCUUGAGUUAUUUACAUAAACUUUGUGUUUGUGAAAUAAUCAGUCGAUCAGCGAAACAUAUUUUCACAUCAUAUCUACAAGGUGUGAGUCAAGUUAGUUUAUCAGCUGCCAUCAGUCAUUUUCUAAACUGUUAUCUUAGUUCAUUUCCAUCACCACAACCACAGAAACCUGAAGACAGGCAUUUUUACAACCACAGUAAAAAGAAGAAGAAUAAGAAGAAGUCCAGAUACAUAUCAGCCUUGUUCCAAGACAGUAUGGCCUGGACGACUCUAACCCCAGCAGAAAUGUGGACCAAUAUCAAAGCAGAGGCUAAGGAGUACUAUAUGUAUGAAAUGCAAUGCGAAAGCGUAGAUGCCGUGGUUGAGAAGUAUCACAUACAGAAGAUAUCGCUGCUACGCGAGAUUUGUCUCAAAGUUGGUAUACAAAUUAUGCUGCGAGAAUACAACUUUGAUAAUAAACACAAACCCACGUUUACAGAGGAAGACAUUCUUAACAUGUUUCCUGUUGUUAAACACGUUAAUCCUAUUGCCAGUGAUGCUUACAGUUACUUUCAAACAGGCCAGGCUAAAGUACAACAAGGUUACAUAAAGGAAGGGUAUGAAUUAAUUAAUGAAGCACUUAAUUUAUUCAGUAAUGUAUAUGGUCCUAUGCAUCCUGAGUUUGCAGCAUGUUUGAGAUCGCUAGCAAGAUUGCACUAUAUUAUGGGAGAACUGAAUGAGGCCAUGGAAAUGCAACAGAAGGCAGUUAUCAUGAGUGAAAGAUGCCUGGGAGUGGACCAUCCAAAUACUAUUACAGAAUAUAUGCAUCUUGCCUUGUAUUGUGCUGCAGGACAACAGAUUGUGACAUCAUUAAAACUAAUGUACAGAGCGAGAUACCUUGCGUUAUUACUUCACGGUGAAAGUCAUCCCGAAGUUGCCCUUAUUGAUAGCAAUAUUGGUUUGGUGCUACAAGGUGUUGAAGAAUACGACUUAUCAUUAAAAUUCUUACAGAAAGCAUUAGAAAACAACAUCAAAUUCCAUGGCCAUAUGAGUAUGAAGACGGCACUGAGUUACCAUUUGGUGGCAAGAGUGCAGUCAUGUAAAGGCGAUUUCAGAGCAGCAUUACAAAGUGAAAAGGAAACCUACAAUAUAUACAAACAACAUCUCGGUGAAGAGCAUGAAAAGACGAAGCAGAGUCUGGAGUGCUUGAGACACCUCACUCAACAAGCUGUUAAUCUUCAAAAAGCUAUGAAUGAACUUUAUAAGACUGGUGCAAAGGCAGCCGUACAACAGUUCAAUAUCUCACCACCUCCAAUGAAUACAGUUAUUGAAAUGAUGAACAUUAUCAACGGGAUUCUCAUAAUCUCUCUGAGCCAAAAAGAUAUUGAGAAAAUUGCUGAAGAAAUGGAGAGAGACAUGUCUGCCGAGCCGGGUACAAUAAAGAUAGCGGAAGCUGAGAGCAGUUCUCAAGUUGAGGAAGUUACAAAGUCAUCUGAAAAUUCCAAAGCACAAGUUGGUGGAAUCCCUGUGGACACACCAAUUGAAGUGGUUGCAAACUGAAACGUCAAUUUGUGAAACAUGGUGGUCACAUGAUAGCAGUAUGCUGCACACUGGUGCAUCAAAAUGAUUUCAUCAUUUCAAUGUUUGUUUGUUUGUUUGCUGUGUGCUAUAGAAGCUUGUUUCUCCAGUGAGAAUGUUUUAUUUACAGUAAAUUAGAGAUUUAAAGAUUU